AUGUCAAGAAGAAAAGAAGAAAUCUUCUAUAACCACACUAGGGCAAGUCAGAAAAAAGAAGAAAUUGGAGAAUUAGUUUUGAAAAUUGACAUUGCUUUUGAUCAAAUGAUAGAUGAUGAUGAUUUUGAAACUUCAGAAGCUUGUUUGUUUGACAUAAUGGGGGUCGGUGAUGACAUUGCACCACGUUUUACACAGAAGCCAUCAUUAAAACAAGAAGAUAAUGGACAACGUUUAGUUUUUCACUGUACACUAGAAGCCUCACCCAAACCAGAUAUACAAUGGUUUCAAGGUACCACUCCAAUAACCGGAUCAAAUCGGAUAAAAAUGCGUGUCGAUCCAGCUGGUGGUGGACAAAGUUUCAAUGUGCAAAUGGAAAUAGUAAAUGUGACACAAAAUGAUGCUGGAACAUAUAAAGUGGUUGCUAAAAAUAGACUUGGUGAAGUUUCUGCUUCCAUAAACCUCAAUUUUAGUGCUGGUCAACAAAAACAACAAAAUGGUGUAGCACCUAAUUUCAUCACUAAACCAAUGACCAGACAAGAAAACAACGGAAAAAAACUAUAUUUUGAAUGUCAACUUGCAGCUGACCCAACUCCUCAAAUAACAUGGUACAGAGAUGCUACACCAAUAACACAAGGAGGUCGUUUUAAGAUAAAAGCAGAAAGUAAAGAACCCAAAAAAUAUUUCCUUACGUUGGAAAUAACAGAUGUCAAUGCCCAAGAUGCUGGUAAUUAUAAAGUAACUGCUAAAAAUGACCUAGGUGAAAGUAAUGCAACAAUUCGUUUGAAUUUUGACAGUACUGAUGUGAUAGGAAAAGAAAAUCAACCGGUAUUCAUUCAGAAACCAGCUAUUAGUCAAGCUGGAGAGAAGAUUAUUUUAGAAUGUAAACUAACAGCAGAUCCUAAACCUACAAUAACAUGGAUGUUUAAUGAUCAAAUUAUUCAAAAAUCUUCUCGUAUAAAUACAAUACACAGAACUUUAGGUGUUACACAUACUGUUAUACUAGAAAUAUCUAACGUCACCUUACAAGAUGGUGGUGAAUAUAAAUCGCUUGCUAAAAAUAUACAUGGUGAAGCACAUGCUACCAUAUCGCUUAACUUUGAAGGUUCCAAAAAACCCAUUCUUCCUGAUGGGAAAGCUCCACAUUUCCUUACAAAACCAAUGAUCAAACAAGAAAAAACUCAGCUAUUAAUGACCUGUGGGUUAGAGGCUAAGCCUUCACCACAAAUUCGGUGGUAUCAUGAUGAUAAAGAAAUAGGUGGUGGUGGACGUGUAGUAAUUACAUUAGAUAGAAAUGCUAGUGGACCUGAUAUGUAUAAUGCUGUUCUUAAAAUCAAGGAUCCUAAACCAGAAGAUGGUGGUUCAUAUAAGUGUACAGCCUCAAAUGAUUUCGGUGAAUCGAAUGCAAACAUCACAUUAAAUUUCUCAGGUGCAGAAAAGAAAGGAAAUGGGGAAGCUCCACAAUUUAUUGGAAAACCUCAAGUCAACCAAGAUGCUAAAAAGUUAACAUUUGAAUGUGUUUGUAAAGCUACUCCUAAACCUGAUGUAACAUGGUUUAAAGGAACCAGUGCUCUAAAAUUAGGAGGAAGACUGAUAUCUUCUGUAGUUGAAAAGAAUGGAAAUUAUGUUAUCAAAUUAGAAAUAAUGAAUUUUACUCCAGAUGAUGGUGGUCAGUAUAAAGUAACAGCUAAAAAUAGUAAUGGUGAAAGUAGUGCAAAUAUCACGUUAAAUUUAGAAAAACCUAAGGUAGAUGCUCCCAAAUUGGAAGGUAAGCCUAAUAUAAGAUUAGAAGAUGAUGGUAAAGUUAUUAUGAUUAGUCAAGCUAUGAAGUCACCCACUAAACCUGAUACCAAAUGGAUGUUUGGUAAUACACCAUUACCUAACACUGGACGCUUUCAGAGUAAUUUAGUAGAAGAAGGUGGAUUGUACUAUGGUUCUCUUCAAAUUAACAAUUUUAAUGAUAAAGAUUCGGGAACAUACAAAAUGGUUGCUAAGAAUGAGGGAGGAGAGGCAUCGAUAUCUGCUGCUGUCAAUGUUGCAGCCUUAAAACCAAAAGGAGAUGCCCCUGUUUUUACACAGAAAUUGACACCACAGACAGCAGCUGAAGGAGAAGGUGCAGAGUUUCUCGCUGUUAUCAAGGGCUCUGAACCAGUUGAAGUAAAAUGGUUAAAAAAUAAGAAAGUUUUGUCUAAGUUAGACCCUUAUAAAAUAACAUAUGAGAAGGGAAAUUGUCGUCUUAACAUUCCAAAAGUUAGUAAAAGUGAUAUAGGUGAAUACACAGUUGAAGUAAAGAAUGCUUAUGGAAGUGGUAUGUCUAUGGCAAGUCUACAAGUACAAGAUUCUAAGAAAAAGGCUGAUGAUGAUGCCAAGAAAAAGGCUGAGGAUGAUGCCAAGAAAAAGGCUGAUGAUGAUGCCAAGAAAAAGGCUGAUGAUGAUGCCAAGAAAAAGGCUGAAGAAGCCAAGAAAAAAGAUGAGGCCAAGAAAAAGGCUGAAGAAGAGAUAUUAAAAAAAGAAGAGGAAAAAAAGAAAUCUGAAGCUAAAAAGAAAGAAGAGGAAGCUAAAAAGAAAAAAGCUAUUGAAGAUGAAAAAACUAAAAAAGCUGAUGAAGAAAAGAAAAAAGUUGAAGAGGCCAAGAAAAAAAAGGAAGCAGAACAAGCAGCAAAGAAGGCAGAAGAGAAAAAAUCUACACCAACAAUUGUUGUUGAUGAUGAGGAUAACAAAAAAGGUAAAAAUCUUAAAAAACCUUCUGGUAAAGAUCAAAGUAAAACUACAGAGGAAGAUAAAAAUAAAAGUAAAACAAAACCAAAAUCUUAUAAAAAGAAACCGACAACAAUAUUAGAGGAUGAAGAAAAUGAUGAAGAAGAAGAGAAUGGUUAUGAGGCAGAUGAUGGUGGUGAUCAUGAAGGCAAAGAUGCAACAGAUGAUGAUAGAUCAAGCAAACCAAAGCCUGGAAGUGGACCUAUUUUCACAUCAAAACCUGAAAAUAUAGUUGUAGUGGAAGGUCAGCCUAUAAGAGUAUCAGUUGGAAUAGACUGUCAAGGGCGCCCUAUGCCAUUAGUGAAAUUUCAGAGAGCAGGUCGUGAAAUUCGUGACGAUAGCAGAACAGCUAUCAAUGCCUCUAAAAGUGGUGCUGGUUUAGAGAUCAAGAAAAGUAGACAGACUGAUGAAGCAAAAUAUUCUAUUAUACUAGAAGAUGAUGGUCAUACAACUGAUACUGUUACAUUUAGUGUGUUUAUCAAAGAUCAGAAAGAUUCUAGUUUGGAUUUUAGAAAUUUGUUGAAACAUCGUGAAAAAGGAAAGAAAGAUCAGGAUGAUGAAGAUGUUGAUUGGGGCAGUUUAAAACCAGUGUUGAAACAGUUAGUGAAUUUUACGAACCCUGUAAUCGUUGGCAAUAACCGUUUUUUACCCGGUUAA